GGCACCCCCAAUCUCGUCACCACCCGGGGCAGCUUCCAAGCUGGAUACCCAGCAGCACCCAACCUGGACGGCCAGCAGCGGCAGCUUCCCAGCUGGACACCCGGCUCAGCACCCUGCAGGGGCAGCUUCCCAGCUGGACACCCAGCAGCGCCCUGCAGGGGCAGCUUCCCAGCUGGACACCCAGCAGCACCCUGCAGGGGCAGCUUCCCAGCUGGACACCCAGCAGCGCCCUGCAGGGGCAUUAGCUAAGGGUGGCAUCCAGCCGCCCACAGCACCAGCUCUCCAGGGUGCCCUUCCUCACCAGCCGCAGCACCUGGUAACAGCACCCAAGGGGGCCACCCACAGCGCCGAGGGGGCCACCAUGGCACUGCUCAAGCUCUCCCUCAUGGCCUUCAGCUUCGUCUUCUGGGCGGCGGGGCUGACCAUGCUCACCCUGGGCAUCUGGGCCAAGAUCUCGCUGGGCAGCUACCUGGCGCUGUCUGCCAACCAUUACCCCAACACCCCCUUCAUCCUGCUGGCCACGGGCGCCGCCGUCCUGGUCUGGGGCUUCCUGGGCUGCUUCAGCGCCGCCACCGAGCACCGCUGCCUGCUGCGCACCUACGCGGCCUUCCAGCUGGCGGUGCUGGCGGCCGGGCUGGCGGCGGGGCUCUCGGCCUUGUUCUACCGCAGGGACAUGGCCGAGGGCUUCCGGGCCGGGCUGCGGGAGGCGGUGCGAGCCUACGGCGAGGACGAGCAGAAGGCGGACGCCCUGGACUCCCUGCAGCGCUCCCUGGACUGCUGCGGGGCCGAGAGCUACCGCGACUGGCUCGCCUCGCCCUGGUCCCUGGCGCAGCCCGGGCGCAACGGCUCGGUGCCGGGCAGCUGCUGCCGGGCGCGCCGGGGCUGCCAGCACAGCCCGCUGCCGCCCGACGCCCGCGGCAUCCACCGCGACGGCUGCUUCGCCAAGGUCUCCGGCUUCGUCAGCGACAACCUGUUCUACAUCGCCACGGCCGCGCUGGGGCUGGCGCUGCUGCAGGGCGUGGGCAUCGUGCUGGCCUGCCUGCUGGCCGCCCGCCUCCGCGCCGCGCCGAGCUGAGCGCUGCCCCCGCAGCGCCGGGCCGGGGGUGUUCCCAGCGCCCGGCCCGGGGUGUUCCCAGCGCCCGGCCCCGCCCGCCUCCUCCGCGGGCAGCAAGGCCCGGGCUGCCCCCAUCGCCCCGCCCGCAGCUUCUGCCCCUGGCUUCCCUCCCCGGAGCCCGUCCUCCUCCCAGCGCUGCGGCUGUCAGCCCCGGCAGCCCCCCUACGCUAAGCCUAUCCCGGGCACCCCUCCAGCACGCCUCUGGAAACUGACUGGCCUCACUGCUAGGGGCGCUAUCCUCUCCCUCCCCCAGCUGCCUGGAGAGCCGCCUGCCGCGCUUCCCCGGGGACUGGACCAGCGACACCCCACCAGCCUCUGACUCCUGUCCCCCAUCCCGCCUCCUCCUCCGGGGACUGGAGCAGCAGCAACCUCCUCCCCUCCCCGCCCCCCCGCGUCUUAUCUGCUCCCCCCACGCCCUUCCCCGCUUCUCCACCAUCUGCUUGGAGAACUAGAUCGGCAGCACCAGCUCUCCCGUCCUGUCCCCUUGCUUCCCCCCGGCCUCAGCCCUCCCCGGGCAGCGCAUCAGCUUGUAGGCGCCCGCGGAGAGAGCCGGGGCGAGAGACUUUCCCGUGCAAACAGCGGUGGGAGGAAGAACCAGCAUCGCUGUCUCCCUGGCCGGCCGGCGAGACUUUCCCGUCACAUACACGCCUGGCAUCCCUGCAAGGGGACAGGGGCUGGGGGGUCUGGGCGCAAGAGGGGUUUGACCCGACAGCGAAGUUAGCGGAGUUUCCUUGGGGGAGAGCGGGGUCUGAUUUUCCAGCGGGAGCUGUCGUUAUCGCGGCAGACAACGGGCGGCUGUGGGUUUCAGCCGGUGGCAGGGGCUUUCAGUAGAGGCCUCUGGUGGGCGGCUAGUUCCGGGGACAGUCCUUGAAAGUGCCGGUCCCCCAGUGACACCGGCCCACCCCUGCCUUUUGCUCUUCACCUGCAGUCCAGGUGCCGCCUAGGGGGUCCUCGCUGCUGAGCCGAGGUUGUGCUUCUUGAACGUAAGUUGCAGCUUCCCCCCCACCCCUUCUCCUGCUGCAGCCUGCGCCCCCCGCUCCUCUCGCCGCGAGUUGUCAGCGCUGGCCGGCCUUGCGGGGCUCCCCCUUAUUGUUACCCCGCCCCCAGCGAGUCUUGGGCGACCCCGAGGGGCUGGGCCAGCAACAGCGCUCGGAUCCGGCGGUCCUUGAAGAGGCUGCAGAGCCCCCCCCCCCCGCCCAAUGGACCUCAGUGGGAAGAAGAGGAAGGUCUGCACGGCUCCUCACGCAUCCCCUGGGGGAAGUGGAGUCACCCCCCCCCCACCCCCAUUCGCUUCGGACACUGGCGGGCGUCCCUUGAAUCUCUGCCCCCGCCCCGCCGCUUUCCGCGAGGGAGCCCCCAGAGUCUCUUGCUGGUUUACAGAGCGAUUUUCAGUCUUGCAAUUCUCCCUUUGUCGAAGGAUCCCGCUUCAGCCACAGCUCUCUUCCCUCCCGCCCCAGCCCCUGA